CAUGUUCACUCUCGCGAGAUCCUGUCUCUUUCUAAACCGUUGCUCCUCAGGAAAUCUCGCGAGACCUCUAAACGAGCUAGCCCUCCGUAAAGGAUUGCUUGCUGGAGACAGUGCAUAAAGGCAUCUAGAGUCGUUAAGAAGCCUCUCUGAAUCAUGGGGAACAUUUUUGGGAAUCUGUUGAAGAGCCUCAUAGGAAAGAAGGAGAUGAGGAUCCUGAUGGUGGGCCUUGACGCGGCAGGAAAAACUACAAUCCUCUACAAGCUGAAACUGGGGGAAAUAGUCACCACAAUCCCAACCAUCGGCUUUAAUGUGGAGACAGUGGAGUACAAGAACAUCAGCUUCACUGUGUGGGAUGUUGGUGGGCAGGACAAGAUCCGCCCCCUCUGGAGACACUACUUUCAAAACACACAGGGUUUAAUCUUUGUGGUGGACAGCAACGACAGAGAGCGUGUCAAUGAGGCACGAGAGGAGCUGAUGAGGAUGCUGGCUGAGGAUGAGCUGAGAGAUGCAGUGCUCCUCGUUUUUGCCAAUAAACAGGACUUGCCAAACGCCAUGAACGCCGCCGAGAUCACAGAUAAGUUGGGUUUACACUCCCUGCGCCACCGUAACUGGUACAUCCAGGCCACCUGCGCCACCAGCGGCGACGGCCUCUACGAGGGCCUCGAUUGGCUGGCCAAUCAGCUCAAGAACAAAAAGUAGGAGGAUGGGAAGCAUCCGGCAGCUACAACCGUAUUACUUUUUUUUUUGUUUCAUUUGGGACUGAGGGGCGCAGGAUAGAAGAAUUUGAGGGAGAUUUUAGGCUUUCAUUUUCAGCCUGUCAUUUUCUGAGCCCAUUUUUAACCACACAUAGACACACAAACCAUAAAGAAUCACUCUGGCACGUGCUUUUCUUGUGUCCACCUCUUGUGUUUAGGUGCAGUGUACUGUAUGUUUGUUGGGUCACGUGAUGCCACCACAGCGGCGAGAUCGACUCUUGUGUGUUUUCUCACUGAGGCACAUGCUCAGUCAUAUUGUUUCAGGUUUCUCCCCCAAGUUAACGAAGCCAUCUUUGACAACAACAACCACUAUGGAGAGCCGUUUGAGCAUUUUAUUCGAUAUCCUUGUUAUCUAGCUUAAGGUCCAUGUACUAGUACGCGCUUUGUCUUUACUCCUGUAUGCCAAUUUACAUACGGCUCUUCUUCUCUCCCUCUUAUGGGGAAUCUGACCACAACUUGAGACCACCAACAGGUUGUUGGUGGAACAGCAGCCUGCCAACAUUAUGACUGUGAAAGUUCGGUCUACCGCGAUUGGCUGGCAACCAGUUCGGGCGUGUACCACGCCUCUCGCCCGAGGAUAGCUGGGAUGGGCUCCAGCACGCUCGCAACCCUGGUGGGGAUAAGCGGAAUAAAAGAGAAAUGAAUGGGGAAAAAAAAGUUUGGUCGAAAGAAACAAAGGAGGCGCUGCAGUUGUGUUUCAUUAUCACCGACAUUUAUUUAUUUAUUUAUUUAUUUUUUCUUUUAAAAUAUGAUGUACUAUGAUUGUUUUAUUUAUGUAUUUAUUUAUUUUACUGCUGCAAUGCCUGAGUUUCCCCUCUGCGGAUCAAUAAAGGCUCCUUACUAGAAGGACAACUUUGGCAUGCUAAUAGGACAAAUACAUCUUAUGAGUGAGGCAAAAUUCCACGAGCUGACAACUGUGUGUUACUAGCACUACUGGUGACAUAAUAAAAUUCUACUAGUUAAUAUCUCGGGCAUAUCUUGUACUAGAAGUGCACAGUUUUGCCUCACUAGUGACAUUUAGUUGCCCUACGAGUAUGCCAAAGUUGUCCUACUAGUGUGCAGAAAUGUCAUACAACAGUGGAAAAAGCAUGACUCGUAAGACACAGUCGCUCUGCAUUCUACGAGGGCACUGAAUUGUCUUACUAGUGAGGACAAAGUGCAGACUAGUGCAUGGAUCUUAAGAUGGAUAUCAAGGAGAUCGAAUAAAAUGUUCAAUCAGGUUUCUACAUACAACCACAGGCGACUAAUUUAUCAACACUACAUUGUGAGUUGUGUGUAUUCACUCUGGUACAAGUGGAACAAAUUCUCAUCACACAAAGCCUUUUUUGCCGGUUCAAAAACACUUGUAUCAAAAUGAGUUGUCAUUCUUGUUAUUGUUCGUCUGAUUGGUGGGAAGGUUGUGUCAUUGCAACCUCAUAACUGUGUUUAUUAAAUGUGAAUAUUAUAUGUGGCUGUAGAAAAGGCUGUUAAGUAUAUUUAUUUUACACAAAGUCAUUUAUUUAGGUGAUGUGUCAGUAUAGGAACGAAAGCAGGGUAAAGCAGAUCAAAAUGUGGGCACAAGCAAACGACGGAUGCCAGCAGGUUUCUGUCUAGUAAUCUAAAAAGAAUUUGUCUGUGCCGUACAUGACAACUAUUCUACUGUAAGUGUAUCUGUGCAUCUAUUAUAUGUUCAAUCAUGAGUUUGAUCAUUUGGGUUUUGUGGCCUUAUAUUUAGUGACGGUUGAAAUUGAUUUGAUCUUUUGCUUCUGAAUAUUUAUAAGGAAUAUUGUAUUGAUUACUUUUCUCUCUUACACUGUUAAAACACAAAUUUGUGCACUGUAGUGUGAGAUGAUUAGGCAAAGGUUUGUCCUGCUGUAGCUUCUGUUUUGCCCACAUACUUGAUCCAUAUUUAGUGGUAGGUCUUCCUUUGUAUGGGUGAUGGGAUGGGGCUGGGUGUAUUUAAACUUAACAUGUGACCAUGUCAGUAAAGCGAAUGAGAAAAGAGAAGGUAUUCAUUCUGUACCGUUCUAGUUACACACGUAGACGACAAUGUUUCAGUGCUGAAUGCAUGGAGACAGACAUCUGUAUGUGAUGAUCACUUCUGCUGUAUCACAAAUAAACCCAUUUUCUGUAGGACCAGU